GCUUCUUAUUGAUGAAGCUCUGAAGGGCGAGAGGCAACAGGAGGGAAGGCGAGGAACAUUGAUCAGACAGACUCUGGCGUCCUACUGCCGCCCCUGUGUGCGUGUGAGGACACUGUCAAAAGCCUUGGUGGAUCUUAGCAUCAAAGAAGAAGGCAUUGCUGCAGAACCGAGCAAUACAACGCUUUUGCACGUGGCAUCAAAGCACGGACUCAUAGACGUGUGCUCAGAACUGGUACGGCGAGGCUGCAUUUUCAAGUAUGCCGAGGAUGUCGGGAACCAAAGUCCGCUGGACGUGGCCAUGAACGAUCAAGUUCAUGAAAGCCUGAUCGUGCCCACCUUCAUUUCCAUUUGCAAAUCGAUCACGAGUCGGUCAGAAAUCGUUGGUCCUCAGGAGUCGAUUCAGACGCGGAUCGCCAAUGCUGACGAAAGAGCUCUCGGAUUUUUGCGGAAAUUGAAGUCCCAGAACAAGACCCUUUGGCGGAUUUUGAGACUGACAAAUCCUCAUGAGGACAACUACGGAAUCAUAGACUAUGCCGCCAUGUUCGGUCUUAGAGGCUUUUUGAAAGACAUCAUUGACCGCAUUGCCGUUGAGAUCGAGGAUGAUCAACCUGUCUCCUUUCGAGCCGAAUUGAUCGGCACCGCUCUGCCAAGAUAUUCCAACAGCAAAAAACUAAUCGAUGACAUUCGGAACCUUUUUGCUGAGAAUGUGGAUUCUGAUGUUUGGAAAAAAGCAAAGCUCAAGACCUUGCUCGCUGAGCUUGAUGGCAUAGAAGAGGAGGAGGCUGUCGCCGUUGUCAAGUUGCUCUUGGAGGACGAUCCAGACAAGCUGGUGAAGUUGAGGGAUCCCGUGGAUAAUACGGCUUUGCAUUUGGCAGCAAAUCGAAACAAUGACAAAGUGGUGCAGUUGUUAUGUGACAAGAAGGCACACCCAGAAGUGAUGAACAUGCACCAGGAGCGUCCCUUACAUCUUGCGGCCAGGACGCAUAGCUACGAGACUGUGAAGUAUCUUCUAGAUUUAGGUGCUCUACCGCAUUUUUGCAACUCGAGCAAAGAGACCCCGCUUCACCUUCUGACGAAGAACUUGACCCAUCAUUUGUCGAGGCAACCAUCAGAAGUCGAUUUCUGCAAAGUCAUGCAAAUACUGAUCGACCGAUUGCACGGGGACAGAGAUCAUCUAUACUUGAUAGAAAAAGACAGCAACGCGAAGACUGCCUUGGAUUACCUGAUCCAAACAGACCAUGAAAUGGCCUGUGAUCCGAUUGUUUACCUCGUGCAGAAGCUCCCUGAUUCUAUGCGGAAUGCGGUUAUCCUGGAUUAUCUCCAUACGUUGACUGUAUCCAAGACAUCUUGCUCGCACAAAAUCAUCGAGGCUCUCUUCAGUGGUGUGGAUGCAGCGGAGGUGCCGAAGCUGCUGGCCUCUCGGCAUCCCACGGAUCACUUCACUCCACUGCAGCGCUCUGCCUGGAAGGGCCAUGCUGACACCACAAGGGUCAUUCUAGAUUUGCUUGGAUCAGUGGCUUCCAAACAAUCGAAAGAACACCUGCGCAAAGCUCUCCAACCAGGUGCAAAAGCGUCAGAAGGAACUCGUAGGUCCAGUGUGGAUGACUAUCAGUUUGCCGAGCUUUCUUAUGAUGAAGGUGAGCGAAGAAGAAUUCUUGACGAACAACUCUACACGUUGUCACCGCUUCGAUUGGCUGCGAAACAGAACCACGUCGAGGCGGCGAAGGAACUAGCGCGGAGAUGGCUGGAAGUGGUGCCAGAUGAGAAUGGGAUCAAAGCGAUCAUGGAUCGUGAUUUUAAGCCAGAGCUUGACGGCGAUAAGACUGCCACUCUCAAUGAAGAAGUGCAACGCGUUAUUAAGCUUGGCGAUCAAUCCUUGUUGGCUGCAGUGAAAGCUGGAGACAAAAGAGUCGUGGAGGAUAUCUUGACUCAGAACCGAGGGUUGGCGGAAAGCUGCAAGGAUGCAAAAGGAAAUUCCCCUUUGCACUACGCAUUCUAUCUGAAUCCUUCAGAUCAGAUUGAGAUGUGCAAGCUUCUUUUGGCAAACAACUGCAGUCUGGCUGCGAACCAUGAAGGAAAGACGCCUUUGUUAGUCCUGUGUGAACGUCGGGCUCAAAUGAUGUGGAAGGCCGAAGACUCGAGCUAUAAGAUCGACUAUGACCCAAAUGAUCCUAUCCAACGCGUCCGCAACUUCGACGAACGUUCGCUUAUCGUUUUGGAGGAGCUCCAAUACGAGAAUCAACAUGAUGAGCCUGAUGAACUUGGCAAAGACAUGCUGGCGGUUGACAUCGAGCUCACUGAGAAGAUCCUGACUUCCGCUCUCGAGCGAAAACACGACAAUUCGUUAGAAGAUAUGUUGGCAGCCAAGAGUGGUGGCAAAACAGUCUUUGAUAUUCUUUGCCAUGGUCUUGAAAAUGCGGCUUUCCACGAGUGGACGCACGUGCUGAACAAGUUCCUUAGACUGGCGUGGCUGAAGCCUUUGAAAUCGCAAGGAGGAGACUUCAAAAUACCUUGCAAAUUGAACAUGACCCUGUUGGCUUUGGCAGUGCUCGUGCAGAGCCAUGAGGUGGGGCACUUUUUGGACAGUGGAGAUCCACUCGAAGUUAUUUGGGGAGAGGACACGCCAUUUUACUACGCUUUGCAUUUGAGACGCAUAGAUUUGGUGGAGAAAAUGCUGGCUCGACUGAAGCGCACCGAGAAGCUGCAUCGACUCGUAGAAAUUUUGAAUUCUCAUGACUUCACCAAUCACUUGGUCUUCUGGCGACAGGACAUUGUGGAGAUGAUAGUGGAGACAUUGCCAGGGCCGCACUUGGUACAGUUCUUGCGUCAUAGCAACAACUUGGACAAGUGCUUCAAGGUGGCCAGCCCACGCAUCUUCGAUGCCUUGAGGAUAACUCUCGGUUCCGAAGCACUGAACAAUGUGCCUCAAUCUGUGGAAUGGCGGUUUGGUACGAAGGCCUGGACGCUGGUUCAUAUCCUGGCCAGCAUUGGAGAUCUUGCAAACCUAGAGGAGCUGUGCAAACUCCUGGAGAGUACCUUGCUCAACGAAGUGUUGAACGCAAAGGACAAGGACGGCAACUCCCCAUUGCACCACGUGAUGGCUUUCAUUGGAUGCAUACACGUGAGACACACGUCUGUGCAAAGUUGUCAAGGGCGUUUUUUCCCACAAAAGGCGUCUGACGAAGAUGGUAAUCUCUACUACAAAAAAUUUGGCACCGUGCUUGGCCUUCACAAGGCUACGAACGUUUACAUUCGUUUGAAACAUGAUUUCGGGCAGCCGAGCUGGGUCUUUGAAAGUGAUGAUUGGUCUUCCGCCCGCUUUGAUGAGCGCUACUUCCAGACCUGCUUGGAGGUCAAGAAAGAUGAAAUUCCUAUGAACAAACUGAGCUGGAAGGCCCUUCGCAUGAACGAUGUGUUGGACGGGUUGGAUGAUUGGAAACGCAAUACAGACAAAGCUCCUCCAGUGGCUCGCUUGUUGAUCGAAGCAAGAGCCGACAUCACGAGUCAAAAUCGGCGAGGAAGGACGCCUUUGCAGGAAUGUUUGCUAAAGCCGGCUCUGAAGCGCUUCCAAGCAGAAAUUGCUGAUCUCUCUGUGGUACUCAUGGGGGAGCUCGACUUGACCAGGUGUGGCGAAAAUGGUUCAAAUCUUCAUCGUUUCGGGAGUAAGCCUUUGAAUGUGGCCUUGGAGCACGGCUGGCACUUACCUCUAGUCCGGCGUGUGCAAACUGUGGCGCGAUUGGCAGUAUCUUUGGGCAGUGAGUUGGGAGCAGAGCAAGUGGACAUAAAGGGAUUGAGUGGCUUGACAGAGCCGGGAUUCUCGAGCUGUUUGUCAACAUGCUUAUUGGAGGAAAGCGAGUGUAUGCUGAAGAAUAUUUCUUGCAACAACUUGCCCGACUUGGCAAAGAUCUGGCUUGUUCCAGAACCGCUCGACGAGACUAAACCUCUGUAUUCUUGCAGAAUACACAGACUGACAGAGCAAGAACCCUGUACCAUUGAAGUUGAUUUCAUGGACAUUGUGGAGAACACGAGCCCUUGUCUAAAGUCUGCUGUCGGCAGUGUGGAUGUGUCUAUCGGGCUCUACCGCAAUCCUUUUUUGGCAGAGAUGGAGCAGGGCGGCGUGCCGCAGUUCUUUUUGAACGGCGUGCGCGGUGAAUGUCAAGGACCUUCCACAUGUCUACAAGUCAUGCAGAUAAGCCCGUUCCGAGCAGUUGGACUUCCAGGUGGUUUGGAGGGCUCUGGGAAAUUCUACUACGAAGUCGAGAUGUCCAGCAUUGAACCUAUUUGGUGGGGAAUGGUUGGAUGGGCAACAGAGAGCUUCUCCAGAUAUAAGGAGGGGAACUUCAUGGGCUUUGCUUUCCACGAAGAUGGCUGGACGGAGGAUCCAGAGGAUUGCGAGGCACCGUAUUUUGAUCCCUACCAAUCCACCACAUGGUGGGAUGGCCAAGAUACCGUUUGGGCUGACUCUGAUGUCUUUGGACUGGCUGUUGAUAUUGACAAGGGUGAGGCAACAAUCACCAAGAAUGGCGAGAACAUUGUUCAGAACCAAUCUCUGGAUCUCAUGGGUUGGGGGCCUCUCGCCCUUUGGAUGGAAGAUCCCGUCCUGGCCGAAGGAAUGGUCUGUGCGCCCGGCAGUGGACCCGAAGUCGAGCGGUCAGGCCCAG